GACGGCGACGACUCGCGCGAAGAUAGUGUCAGAGCGACGCACAUUCACCGUAGCUGAUGGUAGCCCGUGAUUCCUCCUAUUGACCUUUCGUGCUUUUUCUCGUUUGAGACGACACGAGACGAAAAGUAUCGUAGUGUCGUGUGUUGCUAAAAAAAUAGAACGUUUAUUUGGAAGAGAGGAAGAGAAAAGAAAAAAAAAACCGAUCGGAAAAGCGAACGGCGUGAGGAUAAUGCGCGACUUCGACAGGACGAGAGUGUGAGAGUGCGGGGAUAAGUAAAGACGUUGAACCCGGUGUUUCUUGUCGCUGCGUCACGCCGUUGCAGAACGGAUGAACGCGGCUCUAUCCACGAACGUGUCGAUGUCGUUCGCGACACAUUGGCGAAUGGACGCGGAAUAAGAUAGGAAGUGAGUGUCCAGACGCCUUUCCUAACUGGUUCCUCGAGAGGACCAACACGCUCUUCAGCGCUGUCUCUUUGUUUUAUUUUACAUAUUUAAAUUUUCCUUUCCCUGGAAGCGCAGAAAACGCAGCUGAAGAAUGGGUCGAGCGAUACCAGUGCCUGGAUUUGUUCUCUGCGCCUCUUUCCCUACACUUUCUGCACUUUCCUUUGACAAUCGCUCCAUAGGAUUUCCUCUCACACUGGAUUUCUCCCCUUGCUGGAACAGCUGUCUGCCUGUGAACUGAUAUUUUCUUGCGCACUGCACUUUUAUGUUAUAUAUUUAUUACUGCGUGAUUGUGCACAGAGUAAAAAAAAAACAAGCGAAAGAGCACUCCAUGACAUUUUAUCGCACCCAUAUGCUAGAAUGAGAAUGAAUAUUCAAGAGAUUACCGAGAACGUCGUGAGGCGUGACAAUGUAAGACUUUAAGAUAGAAAACUUGUGUAGUGUCACCGACGACGAUAACGUUUGUAGCAGAUGAUGAGUUGUGCCCAUCGGAGACCAAUAAUACGCAUCUGUUCGAGAUAUCUGAUCAGUAAGGCCUGGGAUCGAUCCCAACGAGCAGGAGAGUUGACUGUAAUGUUUGUAAGCGAUCGCGCAUGAUUCGUGUAUUGACAAGAUAUUAUUGUAGACAAUGGAUCUCUGAGUUUGCUACAGAGUGAUUCCCUGAUGCACUUCUGGAUCAACAAACCGGCGGGCAGGUACUACGGCUUCACCGGCCGCCGAUACCCCGCCACACCUGUGCCGAAAUCACACAACCAAUGUCGGCGUGGCGGUGAACUUAGGCAAAUGGUGACUCCGGUGCAUCGAUUCCAAGGCCUCGCAAGUAAUCUCGCAGCCGGAAACGCAUCGCCAGCCGGACCUAGUAAUGUCAAUAAUUCUUGCCGAAACAUCGUCGCACGUUCAGCAACAUCUGUGCGAAUCCAUAACAACGAGAACCGUCACCACGGUUCGUCGUCGCUCAGCGCCGCCCAACUCGCCCAGCUGAACAACAUCCCCAACAAUGUCACCGAUGCCAGCAACAAUCAAUUGAUUCUGUCGAAUCCAACCGGCACGAAUGGUACAGACCGGAAUAGAAGCUUACUAACGGGGAGUGUCUUUGACUUACGGGAGGCCGAACUGGCCGGUUUCCGAUUGCGCUGUGGCAUCUGGUCUACUUUUGCUGUAGCAACAGUCUUCGUAGCAGCUGCAAAAUUCUAUUUCGGUUAUCGGGGGCCCGGUUUGGAAAUACUCGUGUUUUGCGGGUUGUUGAUAUUGCUAUUGUCCGCCUGCUUAUACUCGAUCUUCUGCAAGUAUCAUCGUGAAAGCCAUUAUCACCACAGCGGUCAGUCGGAGCAUAACGCUCGUAUGCAGGAGGAUCAUAUCCUUGAUGAACGAAUUCAGCGAUCGAUGAAUCAAUUGAUGAAUGUGUCUAGCAUCGGCGACAACGUUGUCAGUAGAGCAACGGCGACAGUACCGACAGUGAGGCAGAACCCACCUCCGCCGCCUUAUCACAUCGCCAUUUUAAUACCGCCGCCGUCACCACCACCACUCGCAUCCUCGGACGAGGCACCGCCACCCUCGUACGACAAGGUCAUGCGAUGAAAUCGCCAAUCCGACGACAUAAAAUCGAACUAGGACAACUCGUCUAAGAGUUCUUCCUUUGACAUUUUUGUGUCCGCUACGCAAGGCAGCACAAAUCAAUUCUUUAGGUUUAAGAAACCAUUCACGUCUGUGAUAAGAGCACAAUGAUGAUGACACAUCGAUAACACAUUGGGGGUUCAGUUCGGGGAAAGAAAAGAUUCACGCGGCAAUAUUUUUUAGUGGGCAUUACGGAGAAAGCCGCGCUCCGCCAAUAAAUUUCCGUUUGGUGCGGGUAAACUGUAUUCUAAUCUUUUUAUACUUUACUAUGAAACUGUGUGAUAUAUUUAACUUAGGUUUAGCUGCUCAGCGCGUUGUUGGAUACUUGGUCUCGAUCCAUUCAUUUAUUCUUCCGGUUAGGACUUCCGCAAGGGUGAUCGCUCACAUUCGAGCGGUUUCUUCGAUAUCUAUAUAUAAUUCUAAGAAUUCACUAUGUGAAUUAUGUUCGAUUACUUAAUUGUCUUUACGAUCUUAUAGAACGAUAUACAAAGAUGAUUAUUGUUACGUACACACAAAUAUACAUAUAUAUAUAUAUAUACAUAUAUGCGCAA